UCCGACUAUGUGGUCUCAUCAUAUACACCCACUCUCGGAGUCCUCAUUUCUGCCAGAGAAGCGGCCAUGCCGAAGAAGCAGGAAAUGCGUGCGCUCGUAGCCGCAGUACCGCGUUCGGAUGCAUCCCAGUGCAAAGACCUUCUAUCAACACGUGACGAAGUCAGCUAUAUCCGAGACGCACUUCCGAAAGAGAGUCUCAUACCUCUUCUGCCGGAAGACGAUGCCUUGGUCGGGGAUGGUGGCGGAAUGAGUGCGAAGGGACUACUCGAUAAGUUACCCAAAGCAACUAUCCUACACCUUGCGUGUCAUGGCCAACAGAAUUCGGAUGAUCCCCUGAAGAGCGGUUUCGUGAUGCGCGAUGAGAUGUUGACGAUUGAAAGGCUGGUGCCGGAGCCGCUCCCGAACGCGUUCUUAGGUUUCCUGAGCGCCUGCGAGACUGCAAAGGGGGAUGAGGAACAACCCGACCAGACGAUUCAUCUCGCAGCAACGUUGUUGUUCGCCGGCUUCAAAAGUGUAAUUGCUACACUCUGGUCCAUGGAGGAUAUCGACGGACCACAGAUCGCCAAGUCGGUAUAUCGUGACAUAUUCAGUGGAGACUCGGAGUAUAUUGAUCCGGACGAUAUCGCAUAUGCGCUUGAUGGAGCGGUCCAAGAGCUGCGCGAGAUUCAUCCGGAUCCGAGCCGAUGGGCUCCGUACAUACAUCUUGGGAUAUGA